AUGUCUGCACUGGAUGAAGCGUUGCCCGAAGGAGGUAGAAACGAAGAUAUAAAUAUAUCAUCAUCAGGUGUACGUGAUGAAGAUAGAGGCGGUGGAGGAGAAGCAGCAGCAGCAGCAGGUUUAUUAGAGUUAGAAUCUCAGCUGCAGAUAGGCGCAGAAGUCUCCGCAGCAAAUGCUGCUUCUAUUGUUCUGCUGCAGACGCCUAUACCUCGCUUAGAGCUGUGGGCUGCGUUAUUGCCGCAUGCACAAACAGAGUUAAUAGAAGAGUUAGGAGGCGGAUAUCUAUUUUUUUUAUCGGGAGACGGUUUGCUGCUGCAGCUGCUGCAGAAGCAGCAUCUACAUAUUAAUAUUAAACGAGGUCUACAACCUUUAAGAAUAAUCUAUCAAGCAGAGUUGCUGCUUGAGCGUAUAAGAAAAGCAGGAGGCAAUUUUAAAGUAAUAUUCUUCAGAGUAUUUGCUGCUGCUGCUGCUGUUCAUCCUCUUUUUUUGCUGCUGCGGCAGCUGCUGCAGCUGCAUCUUCAGAAGCAAAACGUAGAUGUUAUAGUUCUUGAUGAUUGGUGCGGCUCUGAGUUUGCUGCACUUGUAUCUUCUCUGCAUCCUCUCUUUUUGCUGCUCAAUGAUAUACAUAUUAUUAAUAAUGAAGAAGAGCAGCAAGCUCUAGAAGGCGUAGAGGAUGAAGAUGAUGAUGAUGAAGAAGAAGAAGAAGAAGAAGAAGAAGAAGAAGAAGAAGAAGAAGAAGAAAAUAGCAGAAUAUUAAAGGAUCCUCGAACAGAGUUAGAGAGAGCAGGACGUGCGUGGCAGGUAGAUAAAGCUUUGCCGCUUGAAGCUGUUCAGCUGCUGCAGGAAGCGCAGCAGCAAAUUAAGAAGAGGGGUUCUCGCUGCUGCUCGUUCUUGCUGCAAAGUCUGUGUCUUGCUUGCUGCAGCCUUAGCUUAGAUAUUGCUUUUCUUAAAGAUCUCGUCAUCAAACCUACUAAACUAUUUGCUGCUUCAGCUUCCUGCUACGCCGGGGCUAACCUAUGGAGAGUUAUGGAGAGUAGAGUCAACAGCAGCAGCAGCAGCAGCAGCAGCAGCAGCAGCAGCAGCAGCAAUGGCGAGGAGGGAAAGGAGAGGGGAACUGAAGAGCAGCAGCAGUGCUCGCUGCAGCAAGCGCUGCAGCAGCACAAACAAAUGCUGCAAGAUAUAGAUCUGCUGCCGCCGCAGCUGGGAAGCGAGCAGCAGGAAGAGGGAGAGAAGCUGCUGAAGAAGCUGCAGCAGCAGGCGCAGCAACAGCAGCAGCAGCAAGAGCAGCAGCAGACUGCACCUUUGCGUUAUUUCUUUGUCGAGAGUUAUUGCGAAAUAUUUAAAGAGGAGAAGUUAGAGCAGGAAGACCCGCUGCAGCUGCAGCGGUUUGCUGCUGUAGCAAAGCUGCUGCUGCUGUCUGCAGCACUGCAGCGCGAGUUGCUGCUGCUGCAGCGAAGCAGCGGCUACCGUCCUUCCUACAGCAAAUGUAAAUUUGUAUCAGAGUUUUUAUAUGCUCCUUUGAAGCUGUUCUGCACACAAGCAGAAGCUGUCUUGAGGAAGGCAAACGAAUUCUUGCUGCAGCAGCAGCAGCAGCAGCAGCAGGAAGAGCAGCAGGGGAAGCUGCAGCAGCAGCAGCAGCAGUUGCUGCAGCUUUUAGAUGGGCGUGAGCUAGCUGAUUUUUUUGACGGUAAGCUGUUAGUGGUGAUAACAGCAAUUGCUGCAGCAGCAGCUCGCCGCAGCGGCUGCUGGAGUGUAUCUGCAGCUUCUUUAGGAUUAAACUCAGAAAAAGAAGCAGAGUUAGAGAGGCUUUGGGGUGUAUGCUGCAAAGGAGACCUUAACGAUGCUCUUAAGCCUCCUUUCUUACCUAUAUCUCUUGAAUGUUUAAGAGAGUUCUUGCAAGACAGUGCAGCAUUACCACCCCCUAGACUGCCUCCUGCUGCUGCUGCUGCUGCAGCAGCAACAGCAACAGCAGAAGGAAAGCAACAGCAGAAACAGCAGGAAGUAAAUCUGCUCGCGCUGCCCUCUACUAUGCUGCAGCGAAUGAGAGCAGGUGCAGCACCUAAGGGUUCUUUGAUAGAUGUUGUUAUUAAGGAGGAUAACGAAGAGCUGCAGAUUGUGCAGCGCGAGACAGAGCAGCAGCUGCUGCUGCAGCAGCAGCAGCAGCAGCUAGAAGACAGCGAUCUUGAAGCUAGCGAAACCGAAGACACUGCAGCAGGAACAGCUGCUGCUUCGGACUCGGAGAGCGAAGAGGCAUUGAAAGAAGAAGCUGCACAUACACUCCGAAAAGUAAUUCAACUCAGAGCUGUUGUUAAUCAAAGAAGAACUGAAGAGCUUCAACCUGCAUUUGAAGAUGCACCCAAUGAGAUUUUAAAAGAAACUCUCUCUAUCGAUGAUACACGCGAACCGACACGAAGUGAGAGACAGCGCAUGGAGAAUAUGAACGGCGAAGAAAAAAGAAAAUUCUGGGCAGCUAGAGUCCGCAGAAGGUUGCAGCAGAAUUUGCGCAAUGUGAGUCGAAUGGCGAAGUCAAUUUGUCCGCAGCCGCUGCACUACAACAUCGUAGUAAACCACUCAAAUCACCCUUGGCGUAUAGCUGAGCAGCAGCAGCAAGAAGCAGCAGCAGCAGCAGCAGCAGCAGCAGCAGCAGCAGCAGGAGAGGGAGGAGAGGGUGGUGCAGCAAAAGGAAAAGGAGGGAAGGGUAAACACAGCAGCAGCAGCAGCAGCAGCAGCAACAGCAGCAACAAGAAACCGCAUGCAGAUAAAACCUCAAAAAAGAAUAAACCUUUACCUCAAAAGAAAGCAGAUAUCAUCAAACAAAAAAAUGUCGCAGCAAAACAACAAAAAACUAACGACGUAGAUGCUGAGAGAGCACAAAACCUUGAGAAUCUGCUGUUGGCGUUGUGCGCGGAGAAGAGCGGCAGCAGCAGCAGCAGCAGCAGCAGCAGCAGCAGCAGCAGUAAUAAUAAUAAGGUUCGAUUAGAAUCUUGUUUUGUUUUCCGAGGGCAUACAUAUUUUCUUUCUCUGUCAGCAUUAAAAGAAAUAAUAAUUGAAGCACUAGUAGGCGUUAGUAGACGCAUGGAUUUGCUAUUAGGCUUACCUGCAGUUUGGGUCAAGGUGCAGCAGCAGCUGCAGCAGCAAACUCUCGAAGACGCAGAUGAUAUUCAUCCAAAUAAACAUUCAGCAGACAAACAUAAAAAAACGCAGAAGGGGAAGACAAACAUUUCAGAGAAUCUGAUGAAGCACAAAGUAGAGAGCGCCAGCGAAUAUGAAUUUGCAUUCAAACCAGGACAGGAAGCUGUGUUACAAUUGCAUUACAUGGGCAGCGACUUUGAACGCUCAACCCGACCUCCUUCUGUCUCAGCCGAUAAUCGCGUUUUAUUUGCACCCGACCUUUGGCAGUCUCGUUUGUUUGAUGCUGUUGAUGCGUACGCGUCUGUGUUUGUAUCGGCGCCCACUGCAAGCGGGAAGACGUACGUUUGUUUUUAUGCGAUGGAGUUGGUCUUGAGAGAUUCCGACGAAGGCUGCGUUGUUUAUGUCUGUCCUAAUAAAGCUCUAGCGCAGCAGGUGUACGCUGAGAUCUACGGUCGCUUCAGCACAAAAACAUAUCCAGUAAAUUGCAAGAAGAUAUUGUCAGCCCACGUACUGCAGGGUGUUUUCGUCACGGUGCCGUACUUCUUAGAGUUAUUACUUUUAUCUGGUGAAGAAAAACAUCGCGAGUUUUGCUCCAAUAUAAAAUAUGUUGUCUUAGAUGAAGUGCAUUGCAUUGGCGAUGUUGAAGAAGGCCCGAGAAUAGAAAGAAUAUUUCAACUGCUUCCUUGUCCUUUCCUUGCUAUGUCUGCAACAGUAUGUCUUUAG